AUGUGCCGUCAUAGCUUCUGGAGAGCUCUACACGUGGGGCGACGGCACACACAGUUCCGAGCUCCUCGGCUGCGGGAUGGGCCUCGGCCCGAGGAGGGUUUCGAGCCCGCUCGAGGCUCGGUCGCAUGGCACACGGCCCUGAUCACGUCCGACGGGAGACUGUUCACGUUCGGGGAGGGCAGUUUCGGCAUAUUGGGCCACGGGAAUAGGGAGAGCGUCUUGGGCCCGAAGGAGGUCGAGUCCAUUUCGGGCCUGGCGGUCGCGUGCGGGGUCUGGCACACGGCGGCCAUAGUCGAAGUCACACAUUCUUCCACGUCCGGAAAACUGUUCACGUGGGGCGAUGGGGACAAGAAUCGGCUCGGGCAAGGAGACAAGGAAGCCCGUCUCGAGCCCACUUGUGCCCCGACUCUCGUCGAUCAUAACUUCCGGAAGGUUGCAUGCGGAUAUGGGUUUGACUAUGUCGGGCCAUGUUUUCUUGAUCUACGGCCAGCUCGGGAAUCCCGAGUCGGACGGGAAACUACCUUGCCCCGUCAUUUUCGGCGAAACAGUCGAGGAAAUCGAAUGUGGGGCCUACCAUGUGGCGGUUCUAACGUCCAAAAACGAGAUCUACACUUGGGGCAAAGGUGCCAAUGGGAGCUUGGGUCUCUGGGGCCGUCCUGCAGACAGGCCUUCAGGUUCAUGAGAAAGAGGCGCAGCUGUUACAACUGCGGGCUUCCCCAUUGCCAUGCUUGCAGCUCGAGAAAGGUGGGCCGGGCUGCGCUGGCGGAGGGUGGGGCCCACGCUGAUAUGAGGUUUGCCAGGCUGGCAUUGUUGCCGGCCAACUCGGACUUGAUGAGGGGGCUGGAUGCUAAAGCGAGCAGGCAGGGGAGAAAGGGAGAAAAUUCUGUUCUCGAUGUUCGGAGGACUAUUCCGAGACCUAUUCUUUCGCACUCGAGCGGUAUCUCCAGGGCCGUCUCGCCUUUCUCGAGAAAACUAAGUCCUCCGAGAUCGGCCACGCCGGUGCCCGCACCCUCGGGGCUUUCUUUCUCGCAAAAUGCUGUCGAUAGUUUGAGGAAAACGAACGAGCUUUUAAAUCAGGAACUGCAUAAGUUGCGUUUGGAAGUUGAAAGUCUUAGAAAUCAGUAUGAAUUGCAAGAACUUGAGCUACAGAAAUCGACAAAGAAAGCUGAAGAAUCAGUGGCAUUAGCUAGAGAGGAAUCAGCUAAGUGUGAUGCGGCUGAAGAAGUUAUAAGAUCCCUUACAAUACAGAGCCCUUUAGUUUUAACUUUGUUAGAAAUUAACCGUUUAUCUUUCAAUAUUAUCCCUGGAAAUUUGUUUCUCUUAACUGAUUUAGCUUCAUCAAAUGGAAAUCUCGAUGAAUUCCAAUCGCUCGACGAUGCCACUAACAACAUAAAAGGUUCGCUCGAUUCAGACCUUGGGCCCGCCACAUCCUUCAAUGGAAGAACAAAUGAGAUUACCACAAAUGGGGCUUGUCCAGAUGUUGAAAAUAGUACGUUAAGGUCGAGUAACUCUGCGGUUGAAAGUGAUUCUAACCAAAUUGAAGCUGAAUGGAUUGAGCAGUAUGAGCCCGGUGUGUAUAUAACACUCGUGGCUCUUCAAGGUGGGAUGAAGGACCUAAAACGAGUACGCUUCAGGUGA